UAUUAAUGGGGAACCACAAUUCCUUUUCAUCAGAAAACCUUCAAGAAACUUAUAAAACAUAAAUGGUAAUAUCCUGAAUUAUAUUUAGAUGCAUUGGUAUGUUGGGGUAGAGAAAGAAGUUUAAAAAUUAGGAUUUAAUGUAAAUGUCAGAUCAGAUCAUCUUCAUAAACAAAACUUUAUGAAAUUAUAUUAAAUAGUUAAACCCUAAUAUGAAUAAAUCGUGAUAUUGAGUACAACAGAAUCUCUAUUUGCUACAGAGUUUGAAAAUAUCAAAAGAUCAAAGAACACUCUGGAUCCUUUUAAAGAAUAUUUUGUAACAACUUUGAUUCAAGACAAUGAUCCUACUUUACUAGGUUUUGAGAAAUAAGUACUUGAUUAACUAUCAACAUUAAAUGGUUGUUUGUUGGAAAUUUUUUAAACAUUUAGACAAACUUAACUGCCCAAUUGUAGUAAAGAAUUAGAUACAUUUAUUAUUAGAUUUAGAGAUUCAUUUGUUUAAGUAUAUAUGAUAGUAGAUAUUUUAUUUAGAUCUUAAUUCAUUAUUAUGAUUUGAAUUUAUUUGCUUCAUCAAAUAAAUGUCAUUUCUUAAAUACUUCCUCUCUUUAAUGUUUAGUAUCUAAUAUGAUUUUUAAUGAUCAGGUUGCCUCACAUGUUUAUUAAAUCAAAAAACUAGAAUAAAUAGAGGAAAAUGAGAAAAUACACAAUAGAUUAUAAUCACUCAAAGAUAGAACUUUAGUUGAUUUUGGGAUUUCGAUUAAAUAUUGUCUAGAUUGUACUACAAGAGAUUAUAUAUAAAGUAAAUUAUCAUCUAAAGCUAAUACAUCUAAUUAAAGUUCUUUGAUCAAUAAAAAAGAUACUUUUGAAGCAUUAAUAAUAGAAGAUGUGGAUUCUACUUAAUUACCAUCAAGACCAUAAGCAAAAUUACUAUAAGGAACAUUUUUUUAACAAUCCCCAUUUCAAAAUGCUAUUGAAUCUUUAAAAUUAAUAUAAUUUCGAUAAACUCCUCAUCAUAAAGUUAAAUAAUUAGUCGCUUGUUUUAGAAGUAUUUAUUCUGCCAUAAUUGAUUACUAUAACUAGUAUACAAAAUAACCUUCAAUAAUAAGCACUGAUGAAAUGAUUCCAAUUUUCCAUUAUGUACUUUGUAAGUCCUCACUUCAAAAUCCUUAUACUCAUUUUGAGAUCAUGUAAAAAUAUCUAGGCAAUUUAGAUGGAGUUGAAGGAUUCUAUUUAGCGAUUAUGGAAGCAGUACUCAACAUAUAAUGA